UUGUUUUGAGAGCGCACCGAAAAGCCCGGGUGACAGUGGAGCAUGGGAGAAGCUGAGGACAGACAUCAGAGGCAACUCAAUGUGCUAACCAGAUAACCAAUGUGGAGAGGCUUACUGCUGAAGGGCACCGCCUGUGUCUUGCAGGUGGCAGCCACGAGGUUUCUCCACCAAAGACGCUUUUCAUCCCUGUGUUUGAGACUCCUCACCCCGAGGCUCCUCCACAGGCCCCCACUAAGACUGCACGGCACAGGCUACUUCCUGGCACACAGUGGGACCAGGAGUUACAAAAAGGACACCAAGUUCACUGAGUUCCCAGCCAGCCCAGUCACAGUCACUGACAUCAAACAGUAUCUACGCUCCAAAGAUAUCCCCUUCCACGAUGGCUACAGCUGCCUCCACAUCCAGAGCAUCUUCAUCGAGGCGUCCGCCAGGAAGGACAGCUUCUCCCUGUUCAUCGACAAAACCACCGGGCAGUUCCUGUGCAUGGACACCCUGGUGGAGGGCAGCUGGGAGGACCUGCAGGACUGUCUGGAGGUGAUGCAGAAGGAGGAGCAGGACUUCCUCAGCCCUCAUGUGCUGCUUGGCUAUCCAGAGAGCGUGGAGGAGCAGGAGGAGAGGGAGAGGGAGCUGAGGGAGGUGCAGGGCAUCUGGUCCAGCUCGGUUCCCCUCACCGACCUCCCCGAGGACGAGGCUCAGCUCAUUAAAACCAUGUUCCAGAUCACAAAGAUCUCUAAUGCAACUCUCAAGAAGUUUUGUGUGAGACUCUUCAAGCCAACCAAGAGUCUGGUUUUCCCCUGGUUCGGUGGCCCCGACUCCUCUUUAAAGGGGAUCAAGCUUCUUUCCGCACAAAGAACAGACUCUGACAAAGUCACGUAUAAUGAAGCUACCGUCCCAAAGUGCAGCUCCUAUUACAACUUGUUCGGCCUCCCUCUCGUGAACCGUUUGGACUCAGAGGUGGUGGUGACGGGUCAGGAGCUGGACGCUCUGGCUGUGAGUCAGGCCACGGGACUUCCCAGCGUCGCUCUCCCUCGCGGGGUCAGCUGCCUCCCUCCCAUCCUGCUGCCUUACCUAGAGCAGUUCAAGCGGGUGACGCUGUGGCUGGGAGGAGACAUUCGCUCCUGGGAGGCGUCCAAAAUCUUUUCUCGCAAGCUGGGUCUGAGGCGCUGCUCACUGGUGCGUCCCGGGGAGUACCGGCCGUGUCCAGUGGAGGCCCUGGCCCGAGGCAAGAACCUCAGCCACAUCAUCAAGGCCUCCAUCCCAGCAGCACAUAAAUCUAUAGUUUCCUUCAAGCAGCUCAGAGAGGAUGUGUACGGAGAGCUGGUCAAUACAGACCAGGUGGCUGGAGUGAAGUGGACGAGGUUUCCAGAACUUAACAGGAUCUUGAAGGGGCACCGCAAAGGAGAGCUGACUGUUUUCACAGGUCCUACUGGAAGUGGGAAGACCACGUUUAUCAGCGAGCUGGCCUUGGAUCUGUGCAUGCAGGGCGUCAACACGUUGUGGGGCAGCUUCGAGAUCAACAAUGUGCGUCUGGCCAAGAUCAUGCUGACACAGUUUGCCAUGCAGAGGCUGGAGGAGAACCUGGAGCAGUAUGACUUCUGGGCAGACAAGUUCGAAGAGCUGCCGCUCUACUUCAUGACGUUCCACGGACAGCAGAACAUCAAGACGGUGCUGGACACUAUGCAACAUGCUGUCUACCUCUAUGACAUCAACCACGUGGUCAUCGAUAAUCUGCAGUUCAUGAUGGGACAAGAAAACCUCUCAGUAGACAAGUUUGCAGUCCAGGACCACAUUAUCGGAGUGUUCAGGAAGUUUGCCACCAACAGCAGCUGUCACGUCACUCUGAUCAUUCACCCGAGGAAAGAGGAGGAUGAUCGAGAGCUGCAAACAGCGUCCAUCUUUGGUUCUGCUAAGGCCAGCCAAGAGGCCGACAACGUCCUGAUUCUGCAGGAGAAGAAGCUGGUGACGAUUCCCGGCCGCAGAUCCCUGCAGGUGACCAAGAACCGCUUUGACGGAGACGUGGGCAUCUUCCCUCUGGACUUCAUCAAAGCCUCCCUCACCUUUUCAACUCCCAUCAAAGGCAAGCACAAGCUGAGGAAGGUCGCUUACAAGCCAGAGAACGAGGAGGAGGUGGAGGGGAAACCAGCGCUGAAGAAGGAGGAGGUUAAAAAAGAGAAAGUAGAGAAAGCGACUAAAGCAACAAAGACUCCGAGAACUGUGAAAAGUCCUGCCACUGAAAGUGAAACUGCUCAGAAGUAAUGGUAAGGGGUAUUUCAUAGUAUGGAUCAUUUUCUCUGUUGAUCAGAGUGAUCAUGUGAAGGUAGGAGCUGAUUUAGACUCAAAACUUUUUUUUGUAUGAAAGAUAAAGUUAGACAGUUUUAUGUCAACAUGAGGUUCAACUAAAGUGAAUGUAAAUACAUAAACUCACAGAAAUGCAAAGACGAUGAUAAGUAUAAAUGAGGAUGUGUUUCAUUCUGGAGUAAGGAAACAAUGUUAAAACCACAAUGAUGGUAAAGUGUUAAACUUCUAAACGGUCUUCUAAGCUUUUCUGUGCAGGUCCUGCUCAGUGUUAAGAAUUUUCUGCUAAAAGUAUUUCUGUUCCGUUCAAUUCUGUUCGUAACGAUACUGUGACACCAAAAGCAACUGGCUUUAUGAGCAUGUUCUGUGCUUCAUAGUAACACUAUCACUGUUUGUGGUCACACGUCACCACACGUGCUCUCUACUGAAUUUUUUGUACAAUUAUGAUUUAUUGUAUGAGCUCUGGGCUGCAAGGUGACGCAGGUGGUUAGCACUGUUGCCUCGCAGCUAGAAGGUCACCGG